AUGCAAGAUUUAGGCAUGGAUUACUACGACUCUGAAGAUGAUAUGAUGCAAGAGGCAGAAGGAGAAGACCAAGGCCAGCAAAACACUGAACACACACAAGCUGAGGGUGGUUUCCAGGAAAUGGAACAAGCCAUUCACCAGGGGACUCAACAGAGACAAAGAAAGCAGCUCACCAUGAAACAAAGAAGAGAAAUAGUGGAUUCAAUGUUGGUCAACAUGCAUCAAGGCAACUUACCAAGAGGUCACUUAAAGCAUUUGGCAGUUAAUUACAAUGUGCACAAAUCAAGCAUCACAAGAAUUUUUUCAGACAUAAAGAAACAAAUGGCACAGGGCAGUUUGAUUGAUGUUAGGAGCAAAAAAUUUGGCAGAGUAGGCCGAAAGCCAAAGGAAUUUUCUGAUGAAUUCCUACAAUCAGUGCCUUUACAUUUAAGGCAGAAAGAAAGGAGCUAUGCAGCAGCAUUAAAGAUCUCCCAUGUGACACUUCACAAUUUGAAGAAAAAGGGAAGGUUAAGAACACACACAAGUACCAACAAGCCAGCCCUGACAUCAGACCACAAGGUAGCAAGAAUGAAAUGGAUUUUGUCACACAUAAAUCCAGUUACAAGUAAUGGGGAACCAACAUUUGUUGAAAUGAACAAUGUGAUACACAUGGAUGAGAAAUGGUUCUAUCUAAACCCUGACAAGAGGAGGUUUUACCUCCUACCUAGUGAGGAAGAUCCUUAUAGGCCUAUACAGUCCACAAGAUUCAAGCUCAAAGCAACGUUUAUGGGCUUAAUUGGGAAGCCAUUGUAUGACACAGAUGGGGGACUACUUCAUGAUGGGAAAUAUGGAAUAUUCCCAUUCACAGUCAAACAACUAGCCAAGAAGUCAAGUAAAAACAGAGUAGCAGGAACAUGGGAAACAAAAGCAAUACAGAAUGUAAACAGAGAGGUCAUCAGAGACAUGUUGGUGGCCAAUGUCAUUCCAGCAAUUAUUUCAAUGUGGCCUGACAGUCCGCCAAAAAAUAUUGUAAUCUAA